AUGCCAUGUUCGGCUGCUACGGUGACAGCUACUCGUACCGCCUGUGGAGCCUGGCCAACGUGUGGGGCGCCUGUCGAUGUGAGUAGGCCGAGUGCUCCGCGCCCAGUGUCUGUCAGUGAGGUGAUGAUAGUGCCCAGCUCUCUUAUGGGAGUAGUCCGUUGGUCUGAUCGCUCCUCCACACCCUGGCUCGCCGACAUGAGGAGUAAGCAGGUCCCCACCUCGACGACCUCCGCCAGGCGGCGAGCUGCCUUCAUCCGGCCUCUAGCCGGCGGAGGGUCCGAGAUCAAGUCGUGUGAGGAGGAAGAGGAUCGCGGGUCUUCGCCCCUGGGCCCCGGCGGACCCUUUCCCUGCAGCCACUGUCGAGGAGCCUACCCCACACGAGAACAGCUCGAACGACAUGAGACGCUGCACGCGCCGAGCACUCAGGUGGAUAGCAUAAAAUAUACGUGCAAAAUAUGCCACAAGAGUUUUCAAAAUGUGUACCGACUUCAGCGUCACAUGAUAAGUCAUGAUGACAGCGCGAAGUUACGCAAAUAUAAAUGUAAUGACUGCGAUAAAGCAUUUAAAUUCAAACAUCAUCUAAAAGAACACCUCCGGAUACAUAGCGGAGAGAAACCGUUCGAAUGCGCUAACUGUGGAAAGAAGUUUUCACAUUCCGGCUCGUAUUCAUCUCAUAUGACUUCAAAGAAAUGUCUUGUUAUGAAUCUCAAAAUGGGAAGAAUAAAGCCAAAUAAUCCAGCACUGAAUCCGGACAGGAGUCCGUCACGGAAACGUGCGAAUGCGAUGGCAGCUAGUCAGUUGAAUAAUAAUAUAACACCAAACGGCAAUUCGUUUUUGCCAAUAUUACCGAAAUAUAACGAAGCUGCAGCAUUUUUCGCGUCGAUGUCAUCUCAAGAAAAUAAUUUCCUGAGACCGCCGUUGGGUCAACCUGGAUUAAAUCCUUUCUAUAUGCCUCCUGGCAUGCCAAUGAGCCCAGCCAACGGUAUAGCACCUUACACCUUCCCUACUUCAUUAAGCCAAUUAUUUGAGCAGCUAGCCUCUCAACAUUAUCAACAACGAAAAAUAGAGAUUCCUAGUCCAAAGCUUGUGAGUCCACCCGCCAACCCUGAAGACUUGAUCGAGGAGGUAGUUGAUGAGGAAGAUAAACGGUCUGAAGCCAGCGCAGAGCUGGUGAUGGAUAUAGACGAUGAUGACAACGUUACUAUAAAGAAGGAACAAGAAGAUCGGGAGACUGAGGCGAGCUCUCCUUCCCGUAAUUACGAAUCUAUCUUAAGUAGCAAUGAACCCGGUGAGACAGAUAUCAAUAAAUCGGAUUUUAAUAGUGUCAAAGCAUCCGAUACUAAAUACUAUUUUAAGACACACAAUGAUCAGCAGUCCCCUAUAUCUGGCCAGGAAUAUCCUGGUGAAGUUUUACCAUUGACACAGAUAAAUGUUAAAGAGGAACCUGAUAUUGAUACCUUCCGUUGCUUAAAAUGUAACAUACUGUUCAAUGACAAAAAUGAUUUACUGGAACAUGAGAAAGCAUCGUGUGGCAGUAUUUUUAGAAAACAUGAAGGACUAGCUGCUCAAGUGGCUGAGACGGUGGCUCUGAAUAGAUUAGAAGCUGAAAUGCGAGCAUCUAUACAAAGUGGGGUGAGUGCGAGUGAAGACGAGGACUUUGGGAGAGAGGAUCGGGAAGAUAAAGCUUCCGUAAACGAAAAUGAUAGAAAAAUCAGAGUUCGCACCGCACUGACCGAAGAACAACAGACGGUGUUAAAAAGGCACUACUCGAUCAAUCCUCGACCAAAUCGAGAGGAAUUUAAGAAGAUCGCCCAGCAGAUAGGCUUAGACAACCGAGUAGUACAAGUUUGGUUCCAAAAUAAUAGAGCCAGAGUUCGUAGGAUGACUCAAGCGGUCGCGAUAUCUGAUCAACCUCUAGAUUUAUCUACAAAGAAAUCGAAUGCAUCUGUUACUUCAAGCCCGUCACCGUCACCGACUUGCAGCAUUUCAGUAACACAUUCCGAUUCCGAGGAAGCUGUUAACUUAAGUCAGAAAUCUUCUCGCAGCACGACCCCACAUCGCGCUAACUACGUCAACACGUAUCCACAUUCCAACUGCUCGUCAUCAUCGUUCACGGAUUUUCGGUUAUCACCCUCACCCGGUGAAACUAUGAACGGUUACAAAAGAAUGUUGCAACAGAAAAUGCCCAUCAAUCCUAUGAUGCCGAUGGACAAACUUCUUCAUUACAACGACCUGAGUAACGGACGAUCUCCAAUUCUCAACAUGCAAGUGCCCGAGAGGCAAGAAUCCAGUCCGUCUUACGACCGCCCAAUAUGGAACGAGGAUCUCCAGACUCAAAUCGAAUUAGAAGAUGAAACCACUGUACUUAAAAAGAGCAAAAUAAAGGCUGGAAACGAUUUGAAAGAGGGAGAAGGACAAUUCGUUUGUGAUCAAUGUGAUAAAACUUUUGUCAAGCAAAGUUCUCUCGCGAGGCAUAAAUACGAGCACUCAGGCCAGCGACCCUACAAAUGCUUGGAAUGUCCUAAGGCUUUCAAGCAUAAGCACCACCUGACUGAACACAAGCGGUUGCACACCGGUGAGAAACCGUUCCAAUGCUGCAAGUGUCUCAAGAAGUUCUCACACUCCGGCUCCUACAGCCAGCACAUGAACCACAGGUUCGCGAUCUGCAAGCCCUACAGAGACUAA